CCCGCGCGGGGAUCCAGGGCGCAGCAGCCCGGGCAGAGCCCGGCCGAGGCGGAGAGCAGUCGCUCAGGAGGCGGAGGAUCACGUGAGGCCGCUGGGUGCCGUGGGUGGAGGCGGAGAGCUGCGGUGCGGGCGGGUCGGAUUUAACCGUCCCGGGAAGCGCGGCCGAUCGGGAUUGCGGAGCGGGCAGAGGUGAAGUGAACAUUGCACAAAUCCAUCACAAAGAAAUACAGUGUGGAAAACAAAGGAUAACAUAUAAGUGUCAAGAUUAAAGACAGUGAAUCCCUGAGAGGACAAUAAUGGAUUGCACGGCAGUUAUUCUCUAAGUGUUUGGAUUCAGCAGUGUGCAGCUUUGUUGCAAAGGCCCAAAGAAGAUGGCAACUCCUUAUGUCCCAGUCCCUAUGCCCAUAGGGAACUCGGCUUCCGGCUUUACAACCCACAGAAACCAAAGAAGUUCUUCUUUUGGGAGUGUCUCCACAAGCUCAAACUCUUCCAAAGGCCAGUUGGAAGACUCCAAUGUGGGUAACUUGAAACAGACAAGUGUACCUGAUCAAAUGGAUAGCACUUCAUGUGACUGUAGCAGUCCCGUCGUUAGGACUAAAUUUACAGGCACAGAUUCUUCCAUUGAAUAUUCUGCUACACCGAGGGAAAGUGAAGAACAAAACCCUGAAACAGCGAGUUUGGAAGAUAGACCUUCGACGCCUACUAUUCUGGGUUACGAGGUGAUGGAAGAACGUGCUAAAUUUACCGUAUAUAAAAUACUAGUAAAGAAAACUCCGGAAGAAAGCUGGGUAGUUUUCAGAAGAUACACUGACUUCUCUAGGCUGAAUAAUAAAUUAAAAGAGAUGUUUCCAGGCUUUCGAUUAUCGCUUCCACCAAAACGCUGGUUUAAAGAUAAUUACAAUACCGACUUUUUAGAAGAUAGACAAUUAGGAUUGCAAGCGUUUCUUCAAAAUUUAGUAGCUCACAAGGACAUUGCUCAUUGCCUGGCAGUGAGAGAAUUUCUUUGUCUGGACGAUCCACCAGGUCCAUUUGAUAGCUUAGAAGAAAGCAGGGCAUUCUGUGAGACUUUAGAAGAGACAAACUACCGUUUUCAGAAAGAACUACUUGAAAAACAAAAGGAGGUGGAGUCACUGAAGAAGCUGCUGGAUGAAAAGCAAGUCCGCAUAGACACGCUGGAGAGCAGGAUCAGAGCAUUGUGUUUAGAACCUGAAGACUCACUGCACUUGUCAGGGACACAAGAGGAACAGAUCCUAAAGGUGGAGUCCUCUGCACUUGAACUUGACCAGGAAGUCCUGGAUGCAGAAUCUAGAGCUAACAACAAGUCAUGUUUUAGCGAACCUGAAAAUUCGGUAUCAGAGAUAGAAGUAGCAGAAGUGGCAUAUAGUGCUGACGAAGACUAUGCAUCAUAAGCAGUUCCUCCAUUUCCACGUUUCAGCUCGUUUAGAGUAGAGUGCAAAUAUUUAAAAAGAAAAAAAAAACACUGAAGCAUUUUCAGAAAACAGCAAGAAUGCACAUGUAUAAAGUUUACAUAAAGAAAAGUUUUUUUAAGUUAUUGGGAUAGGAAAUAUAUUCACUGCUGCUUUAAAUUGUCUUUUAUUCAAGCUUCGUAUUUAAUACUGUGCAUAAAUUAUUUUGGUGUUUUGCCAAUAUAUUGCUCCAAACCAAUGUGUGUUUAAAGUACCAGUUAUCUUAGUCAAGUGGAAAUUAAUUGCAUGUUACUAUCUGGUUGAUAUAUACUUCUUCGUAUCUCUCGACAUGAUAUAUUUUCACUAAUGGUUUAAAUCAGUGGUAAAGAUGAAUUGAGUUUUAAAUAUUGCCAUGUCUACCAUCUCUAAAUAAAAAUUGCUUAUUUGGAAUGUUCCUAAAAGAAGAAAACUGUCUAAUACCAAAGGAAAAUGAUUUGAAAGAACUGUAAUAACAUAGCUAAACGAUAAAAUAGCCUUGAUGUUAAAUGUUAAUUCAUUAAUAUCAAAAUAUUAUAAGUAUCCCAGUCUAUUUUGUUUUCCCCAUAAUCUUUAUCUUAAAUCUCUACCUGUAGAAUCAGUGAGUUUGCCUUUUUUCAGAACACUACCUCUUUUUGCUAAUCAAGGCAUACUCUUGAAAAUAGAUUAUAGAUUCUAAGCAAAUUGGGAGUUAUACAAAUAAAAAUAAAAAGCCAUAUAUACUGCAAAGUCCCUAACUAUGUUGACUCCUGGCAUUGCAUUUUUAUGUCUGUAUAUGUAAAUAUGUUACUAUAAUGUAUUCUGGCUGAUUUUCUUUUUAAUAUAUUUAGCCAAGUGAUGCACUUUAUGGUAAUUAAACUUUUUUGUGCCAAGUUUAAUUGGUGAAUUUCUUCAGUAAGUAGAGUUGGGAAAAGGAAUUGUGUAAUGCCACCACUAUUUCACUUUUUACGGAAGUCUCCUAGGGUCUGUGAGUCAGCUUUAUGAAGAAGUGUUUCCUUCAGCUUUGCGCAGAGUUGUUGAAAGUGCCUUGUUUCAUUUUUAUAGUAGGAAGUUUUGCAUAUUUCUGUUAAUAAACGUUUGAAUCAUGUUAGCAUUUUGGAAUCACAAUUGGUAUCUUGAACACCGUGUACUUUCCAAAAACUGAGGGAAGCUUGCUGGGGAAAUAGAAUAACAAGCUCUGUUUUCUUUCUUCACCAUUGAAAAGUUUGUCAGUAACUUGAUGUACGUAUUAAGACGUGGUUAUUUAAAAUUCUGAUGUAGAUUAACAGAUCCAACGCUUAUUGUUAACCUGUGAUCUAAAAGGGAGGCUGCUUUGUACCAAAGUUUCAGAAAUUUGAAAAGUCUGCAUCAAAAUGCACAAGCAUGCUCUUAGAAUAUUUUACACAAAGGGUAUCAGAAACGUGUUCACUCUGCUGGGAGACAGAGAGAAUAUAACAAACUGGUCUGCCAUUUAUUUCAAAAUAUUCCUAGGCUUUAAAAAGGUUUAAAAAGAACAAUCAUUUAAAUUAAUACCAUUUUUAGUGUUAUAAAACAAGAGAAUCUGUGCUAAAUUCCAGGUAUUACAGUGCGACGUGUCUGUUUUAAAGUGAACCAUACACUUUCAAACUCUGCCCUUUCAGAAGAUUGUAUUGAAAGUUUUGGAUGGGUGAAGAAAAACUUGUAAAUUAGGUAAACCACUAUUAUUUAUAUUAGAAUUUACUUUUUUACUUUUAUAAUGCAUUUUACUCCCAGUAUUGUAUUCAUGUAAUAAAUUAUUUUUUCAGUACAACA